CUUUAUGUUCCAAGGGCAAUCAUAGAAUCGAUUAAAUUAAAAACUAAGAUAGAGCUACAGCUGACUAGAAUGCUUUCUGCUCUUGCUUCCACUCCAGAAGGAGAGAAAGUACUUUAUGAAUCUGACUGCUGUUCAUAUCAGUUUUUAAAGUCAUUGGCUAGCUCACUUCUUAAUGCACUCACAGACUUGAAAUCAGAUGAGCUACAGGAAGACAGGAUUAACAGAGAGCACAGGAAGUUAUGUGCUAUGGAGAUGGUGAGACUGGUUCAUCUUGUCUGUUCCAGUGACAGAUUCAUAGAUGAGCAUAAGAGUGAAUGCUAUCACACUUUCAUAGGAAGCCUCACAAAAGGACACGAAGCUUUCAAGGGAACCAAUGUUGAAGACUUGUUGCUCGAUCUGUUGGAAUAUGAAGGAGUUACUGAAGAAGAUCUUUCUUAAACUUAUAAAUGAUAACACUUCUUAUUAUUUUUUGAUUGUUUAGUGUAUAAUUUUUAAAGUUUAAUAAUAAUUAUAAUGAUUGUUGUACAAG